AUGGUUUUUCAAAUAUUUGUAAAUGGCCUCGAAGGAAAAUUGACUACGUAUAAUAAUAUCACGCCAGAAACCAAAGUUAUAGAUAUUAAGAAAAUGGUGAAAGAUAAGACAGGUGUAGAAAUUGAGCAUCAACGGUUCAUAUUUGCCGGAAAACAACUCGAAGAUCAUUUAACAGUAGAAUACUAUAAAAUAGUGGCACAAUCUACACUUCAUUUGGUCGUUAGACUCCCAGGUGGCGUAGAUGAAAAACGUCAUGAUCCCAACGAUGACGUUGAGUUAACCAACGAGCCCGACAUGAUCACUUGGGAGGACGACCCAGACAACUUACGUGCAAAGAUGCCAUGUGGCCAUGCUAUUGGUCCCGAAUCCCUGACUGCCUUUUGCAGAUCACUAGUUAGCGAAGGCAAAUUUCAAUUUUUUUGUCCAUAUACCAACCCGACAAACGAUAUUCGUUGCCAUGCGGAAUGGCAAUAUAUUGACAUCCGCAAGAUAGGUCUGCUUACUGACGACGAGCGUAAAUAUUUCGAGACCAAGAUUAGUGAAAAUUAUUCUCUUCGCGUUCUCGGCGCUCAAGAAUGUCCUCAGCUUUUGUUGACUCCAAGUGCCAUCGGUAGUGCUCCACAUACUGUGAGAGAAGCAAUAAGGAUCGGACAUCGUUCAAAUGGAUAUCAUUGUAAAAACAAUUUAUGUGGAGGUGUCGAUCCACGUCUAGCAAUUCUCAAAAAUGCGAUCACAAAGAAAGUAGGCAACGUAUCCGGUGUACCAUCGUGCCGCGCUUGCCCGAAAUGUGGUACAAUUAUCGAACAUGACCGCAACUUUUCAUUUGCCUUAGCCUGCGUAACCUGCAAACCGGCUGGUCAUGCGGUUCAUUCAACAGUAUAUGCAAUAUUGCUCCUGUACAGACCAUUAUCCCCGGCUUAUAAUAUUCUUAUUCCAUACUGA